UUCAUCUUUUCAUCAUUAUCUUUUUCCCCUUUCUAUUCAAUUUUAUCAUCUCUUUCUUUUCUUUAUCUUCUUCUUUUCAACGAAUCACCGAUUUCCAUUGUAAAUCGUCACUGACCGUGGACAAGUCACUCGGUGGGGUCAGAUGAACGCGCGGGUUAAAAUGAUUACCGAGUUUUAAUGUUUACCCGCAAUAAGAAAGGUAAAGAAAACGAUCAACAAAUUGUUGGCUCUUUAAAUCAUCAGCCAUCUAAUUAACCAGUUUAAUCACUAAUUGAAAAGAGGUAAUUGUAAAGUUUAACUGUAUCAAAGUUUUAAUUCAGUUAACUUGUUUUUCUUAAACAAAUUGAUUGUCUUCAAGUUUAAUUGUGUUCUCAUUGGUGCUUGUGGUUGAUUUAAACAAUUUAUCAAGAUUAAAUGUCUUGAUUAAAUUGUUUAAAAUUUAUAUUGAACAUGUUGUGUAGUGAUUUGUUUACAAUUUACUUAUUAAUAUCCUUUUGGUUUGUUAAUUGUGUUCAAUGUUUGUGUGGUCAUCCAGGUAGACCUGCUUAUGGUAAAUUGUUAACAUCAUCAUUCACUCAAUCAACUUACAAUUAUGGUGAUACAGUUAAUUAUGCUUGUGAAAAAGGAUAUUAUCUUCGUGGUCGAGGUUCUAGAACUUGUUUAAAUAACGGUAAAUGGUCUGGUGGUUUACCAAUUUGUGAUUCACCUUUACAAAUUUAUGGUGAAUCAACUUCUCCUGAAUCAAUUAAAUUGUAUCCACCAUCAUUGGCAAUCGAUAAUAAUCCUCGAACUUGUUUCUAUUCAAGACGAUCUAAACCUCGAGAGUGGACACUUGACCUAAUGGUCAAAAGAAAGGUCACUUCGGUUAUAAUCACAGUUCCCUUUGCAAGUUCUGAACAUUUUUUCACCAUAUUUUUAUCAUCAUCAAAUAAUACUAAUUCUAAUGGUAUUUUAUCAUCAACAAUUAACUUUAAUCACAAUCGUACUCGAUGCUCAACAUUUCAAGGCAUGUUUGCAACCCAAACUCAGCUGAUUGUUUGUAGCUCUGAUGGAGUUGAAGGAAGAUAUUUAACAAUUAGCGAUGCCUCAUCUAAUUAUGAAUACUUUGGCCUAUGUGAGGUAAAGGUUAUGACCGAACGAGAUAAAUACGAAUGUGGUGAAGCUGAAAAACCAUUAAACUCAUUGCCAAUUGAAACUCAUAAGGAUAAUAUCGUUUCGUACCAAUGUAAGAAUGGUUAUAAUCUCGAAGGUCCAAGUCAACGAUAUUGUUCAAAAGAUGGAUCAUGGUCUGAUGGUCAAGCGAUUUGCAGAGAGGUAACAUGUAAGCAAUUGGAAACCCCUUUGAAUAGUAAGAUGAUAAUCAAUGGGCUCAAUUCAAAUAACAGGGCAACUGUAUUGAGUCAGGCUUAUGUUCAAUGUGAUCCAGGCUAUUCAAUCGUUGGUCAGUCUCGACUUGUCUGCAUGUCCACUGGCCAGUGGUCAAUGGAAAUUCCUAAAUGUAUUGCUAUUGACUGUGGAUUACCUAGAAAUGUAUCACCUGAAUCAACCAGAUUUAUCCUUCUCAAUGGAACCACAAAAUAUGGUUCCAUGGCAUUAAUGGAAUGCUCAAAUGACCAAGGAUUACCUGAAACAGAAACGAUAAUAUGCCAAGACGAUGGCCAGUGGUCAGUUACUUAUCUUUCUUGUUACAAUGGUCUGAAUAAGAAUAACGAUAAAGGGGAUAGUUUUGUCCAAAGUCAAUUGAAUUUGGGAAACUCUGGCAAUGGUAAUCUAAUUACAACUCUGGUGAUUAUAAUUGUUGUCACUCUAACCAUAGCAAUCGUUUUAUUAACUGUUUUGCUAUUGAAAAGGAAAUUUUUUUCUGUUAAACUGGUCACUUGGCGUGAGCACAAUCACAGCGAUGGACAAACAUGUAAAGGUAUCACAACAGGAUCACAAUAUCAUCGACAUAAACGUCUACGGUCAACUUUGAGAUCAGUUCGUCGGCAACUUGGCUUUCGAAGUGACUUAUCUUUAUUUGGUUCCCUGAAAGGUUCAAUUCCUUCACCACCUUCAUCAGAUACUCAGACUGUCGAUGGGUCACCUCAUACGAAAAUUGUUUCAGCGACGAUUUCAUUAGGAAAAGUUCAAUCAUCGAUGGGAACGCAAGAACAACCAUUAUCUGUGACCAAUGGUCAGUAUGUUUGCUAUGAAAACGAUAAUGCGACCAAUGAUUCUGGUCAGUUGAUUGUGUCUGAAAUUCAAGAAUCGCUACAAAGUGAGAUGCAAACGGGAAUCGGUGUAACAACAUUCGAAGCGAUCAAUGAAAACUAUGAGAGUUACCAAAAUUUCCAGAGCUUCAAUGAAAUAGUCCCACCGGUGGUUCCAAGUAGACCAACAGUGUCAUUAAUAGACCAGAAAAUGUUACCAAAUGAACGAUACUGGUUUGGUGAUACUUCUAUUAGAACUUCAAGUUCGAGAUAUUUUACCAGUGAAAAUCGUUCAAAGAGGAAAAAUAUCGCUCUAAUUACAUCACCAUCUCCACCACCCUGUUCAUCAUUCUUGAUGAGCUCUUCCAAUGGCCUUGAUUUUUUACCCUGUAAGAAGGUUACAACUGAUUCUGACAGUUUCAAUAAUCUGGUUUCCCAGGUUGUUCAAGUGGAUAUUGAGGUACCUCUUGACGUUAUCGAAAGUGUUAAUUCACCUGAACAAUCAACAUCAUCAACUAUCCCCACUUUCACCAUGAAAAGUGAUAAAAUCAACAUUGAUAAUGGAAAAGUUGAUAAAAUAAAUACAACUGAUUCGAUUGAGCCUAUUGAGCCUAUUGGUUUAUCAAAACUUUCCCAAUCAGCUGAUGAAAUGUUUGACAGAAAGUUAAUGACAAUUGACCAUUCAAACAAGAGCUACGAUGAUAAUCAGCCUCAAUUAGAUUUUAUCAUUGAUAAAACAAACUCACAACAAUCCAAUACUCGUACUGAUAACCAUCAUCACCAUGAUAGUAAUCAUCAUAAUCACACCAAUAACCUUGAUAAUGUAAACAAAAACAACAAAACUGAUACUCAUGAACAAAGUAAUGGUCAUCUCAAUGCUUUAUCCUCAAAUAAUAAUCUUAAUUCAGCUAAUAAUAGUGUUAAUGGUCAACCUUCAUGCGAAACCUUUGUACCAACCUUAUCAUCACCAUCAACAUCAUUUCAACAACCUUCAGCAUCCUCAUCAGUACCAGUGACCAUUAAUGGUUUACCAUUGAUUCAACAACAACAAUAUGAUAACAAUUCAACAUCAGAUAAUCUUGAUAUCUCAAUAAUAACCCAGAAAAGUUAUCACUCAUUUUCAUCUGCAUGAUAAUCAAAUAAGCUGAAAAUUGAUAUUAAUCUCAUGCCAAAUUUUUUUUUCUUAAUUGCAAAUAAUCAAGUGCUAAAGUAAUAUAACAAUAAAAGAUAAUCAAGAUUGAACAAUUUAA